AUGUCUUAUGAUGUUAAUAAGACUCAGUUAUUAACACGCAAAGGAAUUUUUCCAUAUGAGUAUUUAGACAGUAGAUCGAAAUUAAACGAGACACAACUACCGCCAAAAGAGAAAUUUUACAGUACCCUAAAUGAUUCUCAUGUAAGUGAUGAAGAUUAUCGUCAUGCACAAACGGUUUGGUCUGCUUUUAAUUGUCAAUAUCUCUACGAGUAUGUAUAUUUGUACAUGAAAACUGAUAUUUUACUACUCGCAGAUGUUUUUGAGAAUUUCAGAGACCAAUGUCUUAUAGCAUAUGAAUUAGAUCCAGCUUAUUAUUAUACAACACCUGGACUUAGUUGGGAUGCCAUAUUAAAAUAUACAAAUGAAAAGUUGGAACUUCUUACAGAUAUUGAUAUGGUUAUGUUUGUUGAAAGUGGCAUUAGAGGGGGGAUUAGCCAAUGUUCAAACAGAUAUGCUCAUGCCAAUAAUCUGUACAUGAAAAAUUAUAAUAAAAAUGAAGAUUCAUCUUACAUCGUAUAUUUGGAUGCUAAUAACCUUUAUGGUUGGGCUAUGAUUCAAGCACUUCCCUAUGGUGGUUUUGAGUGGGUAAAUGAUGUAGAUAGAUCUUUUAACUAUAAUAUCGGUAAUGAUUCAAAUUUUGGUUAUAUAUUAGAAGUUGAUUUAGAAUAUCCGCAUGAUCUACAUGAAAGUCAUAGUGACUUACCAUUUUGUCCAGAACACUCAAAGCCACCUGGAUCGAAACAAGAGAAAUUGCUUACUUCCCUCCUACCAAAACAAAAGUAUAUUCUCCAUUAUCGUGCACUUCAACAAGCAAUAGAGAGUGGUCUUAAACUUACUCAAAUUCAUCGAGUUUUAAAAUUUAAACAAUCUCCAUGGUUGAAGGAGUAUAUCGAUUUUAAUACCAAGUUGCGAACAGAUGCCAAAAAUGAGUUUGAAAAAAAUCUCUUCAAACUUAUGAACAAUGCAGUUUAUGGCAAGACAAUGCAGAAUGUACGAAAACGUGUUGAUGUAAAACUUGUAACAAAAUGGGAGGGUAGGUAUGGAGCAGAGGCUCUUAUUUCAAAACCAAACUUCCACAAACGAGCUAUUUUCAAUGAAAACUUGGUUGCUGUGGAGCUUAACAAAACGGAAGUGCUUAUGAAUAAACCCAUCUAUAUUGGACUCAGCGUUUUGGACAUAUCUAAAACAUUGAUGUAUGAUUUUCAUUAUAAAUACAUGAGAAACAAGUAUGGUAAAAAUUGUAAAUUGCUCUACACUGAUACUGACAGCCUUAUUUAUAAAAUUAAAUGUACAGAUAUCUACUCUGAUAUGAAAGCAGAUAUUUGUAAAUUUGAUACAUCUGAUUAUCCUGCUGAUAAUAUAUAUGGAAUUCCGCAAGCUAACAAAAAAGUCUUAGGACUCAUGAAAGAUGAGUGUAAUGGACGAAUAAUAACAGAAUUUGUUGGCUUACGAAGUAAAAUGUAUAGUAUUCGUGUGGACGGAGAAGAUUUUAUGAAAAAAGCAAACGGUGUCAAGACGGUAGUUGUGAAAAAAUCUAUUUCUUUCGAUGAUUACAUGUACUGUCUAAAGAAUAUUAAAAUACAAACUAGAGUACAAUAUUCUAUACGAUCAAAACUCGACAAUGUACAUACACUAAAACAGACAAAAAUAGCAUUGAGUCCUUUUGACGAUAAAAGAUAUUUAUUAGAAAACAGUACAGACACUCUUGCUUGGGGGCAUUAUAAAAUCAAAAACGAUGAAAAUGAUUGUGAUAAUAAUGAUGUUGUGAUGUUAGAAGUUUAA